UGUGCUUGGUUUAAAAACUUCACGAUGAAGGAUUCUCUCUUAUCAAAAUCCUGAGACGAAAAAAUAAGCAAUCUAAGUGGAAAAUCGACGACGUUUGGCAUGUGCCAUGUCAGCAUAGGGGACCGUCGUCUCCCAUGAGGAGGUGGUAUGGCCUCCAUGCUGUCUUUCUAGUUUCUUUGUUCUCCCACUCCAGUAUAUUCUUCUUUAUUUUGAGAUAUUAUUUGAUUACUGCAUUGCAAUUUGCAUGUGCUUUGACACCUUAACCUGAUACGCAGUAAAGUAUUUGUUAUUGAUUUGUUUACAAACUUUGACCCGUUAUUACUUUUUAAUCCUCUAAAACUGCUCUAAUUAAUAUGAUGAUUAAUAAAUCAGCAAAAGUUUGCUGUGAAAUCAGCUGAUUUUGCGUAAACUUCACCUAGGUUUCUGCCAUCUGAGUUAUUCUGAAGGGAAACAAGGACCUUUUAUCUCUUACCUUUUGUCUUUUUAGUUGAGAGAGGUUUCUGUUCCUAAGAGUAUCUUAAUACAGUUUUUUUGUUGGAGUGGUCUAGGAACUAAGUUAAAGCCAUUUAAUGCUGGAGUUAUUGACCCUUAAUCAAAAAACCACCCAAGGGACAAAUUAAAUUAUAUGUUGUCGCUGUUAGGUUUUCAAUCAUAUCCAAAGAUAUCAUCAAGGGAAAAAAAAACGAACCUUUGUUCUGUUAUUACUUUUAAGUUUUACAGGUGUAGCCCUCCGAUUUGACAGGUUCAGCCAUGUCAGAUUUACACUUUCAGGACUGUAAAACAGCAUCAACAUCUGAUAUGAGUUAUCUUUGAAUUAUUGUACUAAGGGAAUCGAAAACUAAGAGACUUGAUAAUUUUUUCCUUUUCUUGCACAAUUUUUUUAGCUCAUGAUAUGCAUGAGAUGAAAGCACUGGUUCCACAAAUGUGAAAUCUCCUCUUUCUGAUUUUCCCCCUUUUUUUAUGACAUUGUUUCUUGCCAUUCAAACCUGAUUAUUUGCACCAGGACUACAUGAAACCUGCUUCAAGGGCAAACAGAUAGGAGUGGAAGUCCCACGUUUAGUGAUGAUGUUGUAUGCAUCAGAUUCAUACAUCCUUUCACAUGAGAGGACUGAAAGCUUUAAGCUCUUAGUGAAAGCUGUUCCCUUUCAUAUAACAUCAUCCCGUCAUAACACCUUUCCUAGAAGUGGAUAUUGGAUGAUUGAAGAGAAUAAGAACAUAAAGAACUUUAUAGUGCAAGAGGGAAUCAGAUAAGAUAAAGGGUCGAUUUUGCUAAUCACUACUCGAGUUUAUGUUAAUUGCUAAUCACCCCCUUUUUUUUGAGUUCAAAUUAAUUUCAUUAAAAGAAGCCGACUAGUCUCUUCCUUCUGACAUCACAGAUAUGCUGGUAUUUUAAUGAAAUUCAUUUGCAAUAAAAAUAAAAAAGGGGUCUGUAAGUAAUUUUCCAGUUCUGGAAUCUCGUUUACUGCAUCAGAGGUCAAUGCUCCUGUUUACUUCACAGGCUUCUGCUAACUACUAACAUAUAUGAUUACAGAUAUGUUGGUACUGUUAAAGCCUUAUAUUUAUAGGAUUCUGUUAGUAAAUUGUCAACUUUGAGAAUCCUGUUUAAGGAAACCGCAUGAAAGAGAUAAAGGGAACAAUCAAGAUGAUGUUAACAUUCAUGUCCCUACACAGGAAGCCUAAAUUUAGUUAUAAAAGGGCUCCAUUGUUUACCUAAUGAAUUCAUCUUCAACCGAUCUUACUGGCUCUUCCAUUGAAAGUUCCUUCUUCUCAAUCAUUUCCUGUUCUUUUAUCGUUCCAGGAGAGGAAAUGAGCUGGGGAGGGGACUGGAUGUGUGGAGGAUGCCAGCACAUUAACUUCAAGAAGCGGGAAAUGUGCCAAUGCUGUGGCCUGCCUAAGUAUGGUGGGAAGAAUGAUGCCUCAGCUUAUGAGAACAAUACUAACACCAACAGGACAGAAGUGCUGGCAGGGGACUGGUAUUGCCAGGAUAUAAACUGUGGGACCCACAAUUACGCUAGCAGGACGAGCUGCUUCAGGUGUGGAAUCCAGAAAUCCAUGUGCAGUCUUGGAUGCUGCGGAGCUAGCAGUGUCACGUCCUCCGGUGCAGGAUAUACUUAUGAAGCAAAUCCUCCUGGAUGGAAAACCGGUGACUGGAUUUGUACUAGACCAGGAUGUGGGGUGCACAAUUAUGCCUGCAGGAUGGAGUGUUUCAGGUGCAAGACACCAAGGGAUUACGGAGGAAUGUACUAAGAGUAGAAGUGUUAAAAAACCUGCUUUCUUUAUCAUCUUUAUGCAUCAUCGUUAUGUAAUCAAUCAGGCACUGUCUAAGAGGACCCAAGUCCAGGUCUCUCUUAUUCAGGUUCCAAGGGUUUUCAUAUAAAGCUCAAUGUAUAGCUCAUGGAAACUUUGUGUGUGUUUAGUAUGUCUUAAUUGCUCAUAUUCUUUCAAGUUUUUCUGACA